CAGCAUAACUGUAAUACUUCUCAUAUCCGUCGGUCGUGCGUGGAUUGGGAAUAGUGAAUCACGAGCGCAGCUGGAUGUGCAAAUUGUGUCGAUUUACAUAGCCGAAAACGAGAGCAACAGUGAAAUAACGCAGCGUUUCACAAACGAGUUCUUCAUCUGUUUGGAGAGACAGCGGUAUCUUUGCGGGAGUAGACCAGAAGUUUUGCAUUUUUAAACUGGUUGUUCUUUCCAUCGCCAUGUCCUCCGGUGAUGUGUCAGAGCAGUGUCGGCGGUUUUGCGUGUUAUCUUGGGAGCAGGUGCAACGUUUGGACUCUAUUCUUGGCGAGACGGUUCCAGUUCACGGACGUGGAAACUUCCCGACGCUUUCGGUUCAGCCGCGACAGAUUGUUCAGGUGGUUCGAGCGCGUUUGGAGGAGCGAGGCAUCACGGUUCGUGACGUGAGGCUGAACGGCUCGGCUGCCAGUCACGUUCUGCACCAGGACACGGGGCUUGGAUACAAGGACUUGGACCUGAUAUUUGGCGUCUCACUGUCAGAUGACCAGGCCUUCCGCGUGGUUAAGGACGUGGUCCUCGACAGCCUGCUGGACUUCCUACCUGAAGGCGUCAGCAAGGAGAGAAUAUCAGCCCUUACUCUGAAAGAGGCUUACGUACAGAAGUUGGUGAAGGUUUGCAACGACACUGACCGGUGGAGCCUCAUUUCGCUCUCCAACAACACCGGCAAGAAUGUUGAGCUUAAGUUUGUGGACUCUCUCAGGCGCCAAUUUGAGUUCAGCGUGGACUCCUUCCAGAUAGCCUUGGACUCCCUUCUUCUGUUCGACCGCUGUUCGGAGACACCCAUGUCGGAGUGCUUUCACCCGACAGUGUUGGGCGAGAGCAUGUUCGGGGACUUCGAGGAAGCGCUCGGCCAUCUUUGCAACAAGGUCAUCGCUACGAGGAACCCAGAGGAAAUCCGAGGAGGCGGGCUUUUAAAAUACUGCCACCUUUUGGUGCGAGGCUUUCGGCCGACUUCGGAAGCGGAGAUGAAAUCGCUCCAGAGGUACAUGUGCUCUCGGUUCUUCAUUGACUUUCCGGACAUAGGCGAACAGCAGAGAAAGCUGGAAGCGUAUCUGCAGAAUCACUUUGCCGGAAUGGAGCACAAACGGUACGACUGUCUGGUCACGUUAUACCACGUGGUCAACGAGAGUACGGUGUGCUUGAUGGGACACGAACGACGACAGACAUUGAAUCUUAUUUCCAUGCUGGCACUGAGGGUGCUGGCCGAACAGAACGCCAUCCCCACGGUCACCAACGUCACAUGCUAUUACCAGCCGGCGCCGUACGUGCGAGACAUCAACUUCAGUAACUACUACAUCGCUCACGUGCAGCCGCUGGUGCACACCUGCAGUAGUUCCUAUCCGACGUGGCUGCCCUGCAACUGACCUCUGAUUAAAAAAACCCCCAGUUCAGCCCUUCCCGUGUGGUGAAGACGAUAUGCAAGCAAGUGAAUAUAUUAACAGUUCUUUCCCAAACACAAAAAUGGACGUUUAGGAGGAGCUUCAGCAAUUGUUUUUAUGCUAAAUGUGACAUGUAUAGAAUGACUGUUCACUGCUGUAUGUCUGAUUUGAGCCGAUCCUUACGUAUUCUGUUCUGCAGAGUGGAUGAAGAUCUUUUUCACAUGUAGCAGGAAAAAAAAAAAUGUAUUUUUUUUCUCUUAAACUCAUUAUAGAUUCACUCUCGCAGGUUAUGUAAGCGGGGAAAGAAGGCUGCGUUCUGCGUUGUGAAGCUAUAUAUGUUUAUUUUUAUUUUUUGCCAGACUGUGGUUUCAAUCAAACUCUGUUUUGCUUCUUGGUUUUUUUUUAAGGACCAAAGAUAUUUUAUUUUCGUUGUUAAAAAAGAAAGGAAUGUUUGCUGUUGUAAUUCCAAGUGCCUAAAAACAUUGUACAAAACAAAAGUGAGACCUGUGCUUUCUAAAACCAUUUUUCUGUCUCCUUGUUAAUUGUAAAACUCUAUUUUCAGGGAUGGAGGCAUGUAUUUCCAUGUGAUUAAAAAAAAAAAAGCACAAAACCCA